AUGUCUGAACAACAGCAAAACAAAGCCCCCAUCACCAUCGACACCACCAGGACGACCACCACCUCCUGGGAGGACCCCAACACCAUGACGCAACAAACCACAACCACCCACAGCGAACAACAACCGGUACAACAUCGCAAUUCGGAAACAGCAACUCCCACAUUCACCAACUUCAGUCCCGUCUCGGCUGCUUCCGACUCUCCCACCUCUCCGGCAGACCGUCGGAUGAGUGCCGAAUGGGACGCCUCAAAAGUACCACCAAGCCGCUUCCAAAAGCGCAAGGGAUCCAUCUACGCCGUGCCCAAGACGCGGGACGGCCACAUUGACGAUAACUAUGCCACUGCCUUCCAUCAGAAACACAUGGAGAAGGGAUAUCAGAAUGUGAAGUAA